CGUCGUUCCUUUCCCGGAAUCAGGAAAAGUUCCAGAUCUUUUCCAAACCCUGCUCAAAAACAUGAGCCGGGAAAUGCGGACGCCCAAAACUGAAACUGUGGAUGAAGAGGAGGAAAAAGGAGCUCGGGGAGAACUUUUGCAGCCCGGGCCGCUUGGAGAGACCGCCGGAGAAAGCAGCGGAGAGCCGGGUGCAGCCCUGUCGGCAUCUGGCUUGUCUAUGAUGCAGCCGACUGUGGAGACCUCCGAUGAAUUAGAAAUCAUCGACGAGUUCCUUAAGGAGGAUGGGUUCGGGCUGGGUUCCACGCUGCUUCCUUCCCAGGUCUCCGUGAACGGGCUGGCCAACCUGAUCCCCAGGCGCUCCGGGUUGGCCUCCCCGACCGGGGUGCCGAGACCCAUCGAGCCGACGGGGAUGGGCCACUCGCAUCUGGGCGUGGGGCCUUUCGAGCCCCCCUGCUUCUCCUCCCCCCACGUCCCGCACGAUUCCUCGGCCUCCCAGCUCUCCCAGAACCUCAAUCACUUGACGCUGGUUCCCAGGGGGACGGCCCCUCUCCCUUCGCUCCUUUGCGGCAGGCGCCCGGAGAUGUCCUGGCCCUCUUCCCCUAGUCCCGCGGUGAAGGACGUGGUCUGGCCAGCCCCGAAACUCGUGAUCACAGAGCAGCCCAAACAGCGAGGGAUGCGCUUUCGGUACCAGUGUGAAGGCAGGUCUGCAGGAAGCAUCCUGGGCGAAUGCAGCACCGAUACCAACAAAACGUUGCCGUCCAUUGAGAGGAAGGGUUUUAACAACCUGGGCAUCCAGUGCGUCAAGAAGAAAGAUAUCGAGGAAUCCAUCGAGAGGAAACUCCAUCUUGGGAUCGACCCUUUUAAAGCCGGCUCUCUGAAGAACCACCAAGAGGUCGACAUGAACGUGGUGCGGAUCUGCUUUCAGGCUUCCUACAAGGACGCCGCGGGAGAGAUACGGCGUCUCAGUCCCGUCCUGUCAGAACCUAUCUUUGACAAGAAGUCCACGAACACGUCGGAGCUGAAGAUCUACCGGAUGAAUAAGGAGUACGGAUCCUGCGCGGGUGGAGAGGAACUCUAUUUGCUGUGUGACAAAGUCCAGAAAGAAGAUAUCUCCAUAGUCUUCCAGAAGGACUCGUGGGAGGCCAAGGCUGAUUUUUCCCAAGCUGAUGUUCACCGCCAGAUCGCCGUUGUCUUCAAGACACCGCCCUACCAGCACCUUGACAUUGUAGAGCCGGUCGAGGUGGAGGUGUACCUGCGGCGCCUGACGGACAGUGUCUCCAGCGACCCCUUCAGUUUCCUCUACCUGCCCAAGGACAACGAUACGUACCGAGUGAACAAGAAGCGGAAACAGGGCAUGCCGGAUGUCUUGGAGGAGCUCUCUGGCUCAGAUCCUCACGGGAUUGAAGCGAAGAGGAAGAAGAAGAAGCCCGGCUACAUGGACCAUUUCAACCUGACCCCGUCAACAGGUCAGUUAGCUGGCCCCAUGACCCACCUGGAAGACGGGAAUUUCCUAUCCGGCUUGGAGCACAUCACGCUGCCGCAGACCUUCGACGACUACGGCCUGCUCCCCGACUUCACUUCUUACGCCAGCCCCAGCUUGAGCGACGUCCUGCUGCCCAGCGCUAUGGACUUCCCCGACGGGGCAGACCCCGAAUUCCUCCUAGACACUUACGCCCUCCACUCCGGCAUCUCUGUCCCCCUCCCGCUCUCUGGGGAGAGCGAUCCAGACGGCAUGGCCAGUUUGGUGGGCAGCAGCUUGUUUCCCAGCCAGUACAAAGAGGCUGAAGCCAAGGCGGAAAUGGAGGCCAAGCUGACGGCGGCCGGCACCUCGGGGAACUUGUGAAGGAUCGUGGCCCGCCGGAGCCUCUCUGGGAAGAGGCCUCGCUCUCCACCUUGAACCGUACCGACUGCAGGGCGCGCCUUGGGUAGACAGACCGGGGACGUGUUCCCUGCUGGCGAUUUGAAGGGAAGAAUUCUGCUGUCGCCUGUAUGAGGGACCGUGGAGGCCUUCCCUGUGGGGACGCAGGCAAAACAGAAAUUAGAAGGAAAACUGGCACUACUUAGUUCAGUGGGAGGGGAGAGGCAUUACCUGUAAGAUCAGACCGGGGGUGCCUUCAUUUGCUCUCCCCGUAUGUCUUCCUCAGUUUUCCCCAUCUGUAAAAUGGGCCAGCGAUACCACCUUGCUCUUUAACAAGGUUGGUUGGGAUGCAGGGCAAAAUGUUGACCUUCCAGGAGGGGCAAAGAUCCCCCACCAUCCCACCCCUGUCUUUAGCACUUCUCCCCCCAGCCUUAUCGCGAGAGCAAACACGUGGUCCUGCGCUCUCCAACUCGGUUCUGCUCCAGUCCCGUCACCGGGAGUUUCACUCCUUUUAUUUUACUUCCUCUUAACCCCACGGAGGUACAAGGUAGACAAGGCCAUCGUAGAGAACUGCCGGUCCUUCUAAUCGAGUACCAUCCACUCUGAUUGACGUCCAGUGCCUCUUUCCAAGUCUUCACAUUGGAGAGCUUUUAAAAAAAAUGAUUGAAAUGUUUAAUGUAGAAUGAACUCUUUUUUUUUUUGUACCAUAGUGCAGACUUUUGCUCCCUUCCCAUUACUCCCCAGAAGGGGAACGUCUUGGAAGUGACAUUUUAUACCACUUUUUAAAAAUCCAGGUGUGUCUGCUGGAGACAAUCCUACUUAGCUUGCAGGGCGGUUGUGCCCAAAACAGAAGAGCAGGAAAGCAUUAUGGGAGCAGGGGUGAGGGAGAUAUGAGACAACACCGUUUUUGGGUGGUACUGGGGGGUUGUGAAUGUCCUUCCCCUGGAGGGACUGUGUUGAUUUUCCAGACCUUUUAGUUGACAGUCUACAGCGGCGUGGUCUGUAGACUGUGGUUCUCUCAAGCUUGUGGGGAAAAGGAAUAUGGUCUUAGGAGGGCAUGGAUUGGAGCUGAAAUGAAAUUUUGUACACAUUUGAAAUGUGGUCGGUUGGGGUCACUCCGCAUUUCAGAAACGGAUUAUGUUUUAUGGGGCUGUUUAGGCCUCAGAAAUGUCCAUUUGCUAUUUAGGCCUCAGAAAUGUCACUAUUUAGGCCUCAGAAAUGUCAAUUUAGGCCUCAGAAAUGUCGCUUAUUUAGGCCUCAGAAAUGUCGCUAAUUUAGGCCUCAGAAAUAUCGCUUAUUUAGGCCUCAGAAAUGUCACUAUUUAGGCCUCAGAAAUUUCGCUUAUUUAGGCCUUAGAAAUGUUGCUUAUUUAGGCCUCAGAAAUGUCACUAUUUAGGCCUCAGAAAUGUCAAUUUUGGCCUCAGAAAUGUCAAUUUAGGCCUCAGAAAUGUCGCUUAUUUAGGCCUCAGAAAUGUCACUAUUUAGGCCUCAGAAACGUCAAUUUAGGGCAGGCCUCAGAAACGUCACUGUUUAGGCAUAAAUAUCAGUUUAGGCCUCAGAAGUAUCACUAUUUAGGGCCUCAGAAAUGUCAAUUUAGGCCUCAGAAAUGUCAAUUUAGGCCUCAGAAACAUCACUAUUUAGGCCAUAGAAAUGUCACUCUGCAGAACAGCGGGAUUCUUGCCAAGCUGCUUGUGGUUUACGGUGUUUUCACCAUGCGCUUCUCAUCCUAUACAGUCUUAAACUGGACUCAAGUUAUGGGGCAAAAGGUAACAAAGGUGCUAGCACUGUCCUGGGAAUUGCCUUGCGCUGUAUUUUCUCUUCCAGAUCGAGGCUACGUUGCCUCCCUCCUCUGCUGGUAAAUGUUUUGUGAGGAUUCUCCCUUCCGAGUGUUUCUACCAGAUUCUGAGCUUGGUUGAGGCCAAAGCAUAGGCCUGUCCCCAAAAGGCACUGCCGCUGGUUCCACCUGAGAUUUAAAAGGCACAGCUCUUGCAAAGAUUUCCAGAUAUUGCACUAUAUUUUGAAAAGCACUUAACCAGUUUCUCUCCUGCUUUGUAUCAAUACAAGGGAAAAACAAGGCCUCCGUACCUAAUAAAAGAUUAUAGAGCGGUGAGGAAUUUUUAAGAAUUCAGGGCAUGGAAAUCACAAUCGUUAUUAUAAAGGCAAUUAUUUCCCUGUAUUUUGGAAUGUGACUAAUGUUGGACGGAUCCGGUUCAAGUUGGACUUAACUCCCUGCGUACCAUGUACAUCUGCCGCGCACAGGGUCCUGUUUAUCCAUUUCUACUGUCUUACUUUUCAGCCCUGUAAUCUGUUUUAAGUGCCGUCGUGGCUCAGCCCCUGGAAAGAUGUGAAACAAUUAAUAAAGCUGGCAGUGCC